CAAUGCUGGAGGGCAGAGCAUCACACAGACAGCUUUAGAUUUUUGGAAAGCAGGACGAGAUCGAGAAGAGAUCGAGCUAAACGAUCUGGAAACAGCGCUCUCUUUAUCAGUAUUCAACAGCAACAAUAGUGGCUUGUGGCAUUCAGGUUUGAUUACCAAUAACCUGGUGGACUUCUUCGUCCCGUUCCUGCCUCUGGAGUACCGGCACGUCGUUCAGUGUGUCAUGGCUGAGAUGAAAGCCGAAGGACUUCAUCCAGACCAGAACAAGGCAGACAAAGUGGCCAAAGAUGUGUAUUAUUUCCCUAGAUCUGACAAAGUGUUCUCUGUCAGUGGCUGCAAGACAAUAUGUACAAGAUAUCACACAUCUAAUGAUAACAUCUGAUGGAUGCAUAUGAUUAUUUUUUUAUCAAAGAAAACACUUUCAGCCAAAUGACUGAGGAGAGGAAGUCAAUAUUGUAAAUAAAUAUCCUUACAUUGGACUGGAAUAAUUAUCCUUUUAAAUGUAGGCCUACAGCCUACCUGUAGUUUGUUUAGCUGGUGGGUGGGUGUCCAUGUUUGUCCAGUGCAGGGAUUGGUCCAAUGUUUAUGUGUAGGUGUAGUCAUUUUAUAUUAAUGUAGUGGUUGUUGGACCACUGGUGAGAACUGCAUAAUAGCAUAUGAUUAUGAAAAUAUAUGAUAGAUAGGUCUUGGAUGUUGUGAUUAUGUUAAAAUAAAAUAUAAAAUAUCUGGCUAUCAUAGUGGGAUCUAUCCUCUUUUUUAUUAUUAUUAAGAAUAUGAUACACCAGAGAUGAAGAAAACGUAAGAAAUAAUAAAAACAAUAGAUAGCAUUUUAAAAGUAUAUACUAGAUAGAUAACCAAAUAAUAUUGAUGCUAUAAUGAUGAAUGCUAAAUACACUUUUCUUAGUUAUAAUAUGUUCUAGAUCAUUAGGCUAAAUAAAAGAAUAAUCUAUCAAAAAACUUAAGUAUGGGGGACUUGGCAAAUUUUGAUUUGUGCAGCCAUCGAUAUUAAUUUUCCAGGAAGGCUCAUGAGACUUAUCAUAAAAUUCAAUGAAUUAACAUUGCUUGAAAUAAAAGUGGGAUUUAUCUUCAGGUGAACGUCACCUUUGGACUCUGACGUCAUGUCAGCUCACUGUGUGCAUGACAACCACAGCGCCUCCACUUGUGUGCAUGACAACCACAGCACCUCCACUUCACUAAUGUGUUUUUUCUGUAUUAAUGAGUAAUUGUUUAUG